AUGCUCACUAGCUCUAUCCCUUCUUACAGAAUGGACCUAUGCGACGAUCCCGCCAGCCCGCGCGUCGUUGCCAUGCUCGAGCUGCCGGGACUCAAGCAAGAUGACAUCUCCGUCCGCAUCGAGGACGGGACGCUCGUCAUCCAGGGCGAGCGGCGUUUUCACAACCUCGUGCACCCUUCUGCUUCACCGUCGCCGCCAUCCGCUCUCCAGCUUCACGAAGGGAAUACGGCGGGCCUUCCCCGUGGUUACCAUGCGCAGGAAAUCAAGUACGGCAUGUUUCAUCGCACACUCGCCCUUCCGCCCGGCACGCAGACUGAGCACGUCCAGGCGUCGCUCUCCGACGGCAUGCUCACCGUAUCUUGGCCGCGCUACCCCACCGAGGUGCCAACGACCGACCGCUAUGCCGGCGAAGUGGCCGAAUAA